AUGGCGCAAAUCAAAACGAAGCAUUGUUUACCAUCCAUCUGCCGCGAAGCAUUGUUUGUCGUCAAUCCUACAAUGUACGAUAACCACCGCAUUUCUGACUGGAUCGAGAGCUUGCCCGUAAAAGCCCUCAAACGCAAACGUUGCAGCUAUCCGCAAACUCGACCGAGUGAUCCACCGACGCCGCCCGCGACCCAAAUCGGUCCUGGCAAUGUACCGCCCGUCUCAAUUAUGAACACACCCCCGACGAAGCGACAGCGAAAUUUUCCGAGUCGACAAGCCGAAUUCGAUGAGGCCGAACAGACGCCCCGUCCCACAGCCUCUACUCUCCGAAGCAACGUCUCUCUCAGUUAUUCUACAUCAUCAAGAACAAGCAAGCGUAGCAGUAGCCCCCGCAAAAGGCAGGCAGAAUUGGAGGUGGAGCCCGAAGAAGCCAUUCAGGUGCGAUCACUGGCUAACGGCAGACUGCCGGACGAACUGUUUUCGCUCGUGUCCGAGCUCGAAAAAGUUGCAAGCGGUGACGCACCAGUGCUGCAUGCGUCACUCAAGCAGGAACUAAAGCACGCGGAGGAGGAGGCAAAGCAGAGGCGUGCGUUGGGGUAUCGCAUACCUGAAUCCGCAUUUACGGGCGCAGAAGAAGACACGACGGCAGACGUGAUUACCGACGUCCCCGCCGCUAGAGUUUGCGAGGUGCUUCUCGCCGCUUUGCGCUGCCAAGAACGCAAACAUGACGAAAAUGGGUGGAACCAGGCUGUACAUUACCGGCUGCUACGCCUGGCGCUUCCAGCCGAUGGAUUUGUCGGUUUCGAGCCGUGCACAACCGCAAGAAUUACUCCCGAGAUCCUCCCGAGGUCUUCUUCGUCGGGGAAAAAAGUUGAUUAUUGUUUUAUAGUCAACGGUACGUCCAUUUUCGACCAGCCGGCCAUGGAGGGGGCCAACAGGACUGGCGCAUGCAAGACACCUGCACAAGCUAUCGAGACACUGCGUCGCAGGACGCCCGGAACGUCCAUAAAUCAUACCGACUUUGGCCCCCUGAACAAGUGGCCCAUCGCCGUGAGCGUCGAAACGAAACGGCCCGGCGAGUCGGGCGAGAAGGCCGAGCUGCAGGUGGGGGUUUGGCAGGCCGCACAGUGGAGGUUGCUCGAAUGGCAGCGGCAGGAACAACAGAACAAACUACAAAUUCCACCGCAUUUACAACGACCAACGGCCGACAUAAAUGUGGAAGACGAGAGAGCUGAAGGAGAGACGGGGGUCCGGGCCAUGAGCCAGAAUGUUGCCGCAGUUACCGCACCUAACCAGACCUCGAUACCUCCUAAGACACCUGAUUUAGUGUUUCUCCCGGCACUUAUUAUCGUCGGCCACGACUGGAAGUUCGCAGCCACGACGCGGGAGGACUGCGACGGCGGCCGGACAAUAUUGUGGACUGAAUCUACGAUUGGUAGCACCAGCAAUCUGUUCGGCAUAUAUAGGAUUAUCUGGUGUGUACGCCGGCUGGCAAGGUACGUCGAGGAGAGGUAUUGGCCGUGGUACGCUGAGCACGUCCUAGGCCUGCGUCUCGAGGCGGAGAGAUUAAAAAUGACAGAAAUGGGUGGUGACGCGACGAUGUAA